AAGUUCGGGAAGUGUCAGUUUGUGCAUUGUUCCUGGCGGGCUCGGUCAGUUUACUCCUCCGUCGUGCCGUGUUUGGAUCGUUGUCCUCGGUCGACAGUUCGCAAAGAAAAAGUGCCUUUCGGUUCGUGCCGUCUCCGCAGCCUUUGGCCGUUCUGUCUUCUAGCUUCCUAGAAGUGACCUUCCCCGCUUCUCCGUACUGGCACGAAAAAGGUCGAUAAUUUGUUCGAGUGCUUGAUUCUAGAAGGAAGUAGAUGCCGAUGUAAAUCGGAUUAUCUAUGCAGAGGCUGUGACGGACCGAUAGAAGAAAAUAAUUGGAACACGGCGAAUUGCUGCUGACGGUGCGAGGAGUGCGUUUUUGUUUUGUCUCGUCGCGCAUCAACAGCUGAUUUUCUGCUUCCGAAGAAGAAGAAAACAUCACGGGACCGGGAUGCCGCAGUAGGGCAAGGAUAGUGACCGUGUUGUCGUCCCAUGUAAUGUGCUAAAUUGAUCUGGCAAAGUGCCUUUGUUUUUGUGAGAAAUAAAGCCAGCUCCGGAAUAAGCAAACUUCAGGACAGUGGAUACCGGAUCUGGAUCAAGCAACAACUUAGUUCAUGAUCUAGAAGUGCCUGUCUUAUGAUUUUCAAAUCGAAAAGCUGUGGUAUUUUAUGUGGCUAUUCGUGUCGCCUUUCGAACCGUGAUCAAUACGUCACUCGUAAAUUAAUUUGUCAUUCGUCGUUGACGCACAGUUAGGAAUUGAAGCCAACCACAAACUGCCAAUGUGCUGAUAUAGAAGAAAACACGCAAACGGACGGACGGAGUGAAACAAUUCAGUUGGAACCUGCAGAAUGAAAUUCGCGGAACAUCUUUCCGCGCAUAUUACUCCAGAAUGGCGGAAGCAGUACAUCAAUUACGAGGAAAUGAAAGCGAUGCUGUACACGGCCGUGGAAGAGGCCCCGGCCCUGGACAGCGUCGAAGAGGACAUCAUCAAGCGGCACUUUGCCAACUUUGACGAAAACUUCUAUCACUACUGCGAUGAGGAGCUGAAAAAGAUCAACACCUUUUACUCGGAAAAGCUGGCCGAGGCCACCCGUAAGUAUGCGGGCCUUAGUGCCCAGCUCAGAAGCUUGCUCGAGAACCGGGAGAAGGGCAAGUCCAAAAGCCACACGCUGAAGCGCAUUAACCUUCCGUAUCGGAAGGCGCAGGAGCUGAAGCUUGCCUUCAGCGAGUUCUACCUCAGCCUGAUCUUGAUGCAGAACUACCAGAACCUCAACCACACCGGCUUUCGGAAAAUCCUCAAAAAGCAUGACAAACUGUUACGAUCGGACAAUGGUGCUCGGUGGCAGAAGGAGCAGGUCGAAACGAGCCCUUUCUUCACCAACAAAGAUAUCGACAAGCUGAUCAACGACACGGAAACGACGGUGACAACCAAGCUAGAGGGUGGCGAUCGUCAGAAAGCCAUGAAGAGACUCAGAGUACCACCGCUCGGCGAACAGCAGAGCCCUUGGACCACAUUCAAGGUCGGUCUGUUCAGUGGGAGCUUUGUGGUGCUGUUCAUUGCUGUGAUCUUGUCGGCGAUCUAUCACGAGAGCACUGGUGAGAACUUGAAGAUCGCCUUCCGACUGUAUCGGGGGCCACUGUUGGUGAUCGAAUUUGUGUUUCUUCUCGGCGUCAACAUCUACGGUUGGCGAUCGUCCGGUGUCAAUCAUGUUCUGAUAUUCGAGCUUGAUCCUAGGAAUCACUUGUCGGAGCAGCACUUGAUGGAACUGGCAGCGAUAUUGGGUGUCAUUUGGACUUUAAGUUUGCUAAGCUUUCUGUAUAGCGCCAGUCUCAGCAUCCCACCGUACGUGAACCCGUUGGCGUUGACGAUCGUCAUGAUUGUUUUUCUCAUCAAUCCGUUCAAGGUGUUUCGAUACGAGGCACGGUUUUGGCUGUUGAAAACCAUCGGCCGCAUGGUGGCAGCACCGUUCUUUCAUGUGAGCUUCGCCGAUUUCUGGCUGGCUGAUCAGCUGAACAGUCUGGUGACGGCACUGAUGGACUUCCAGUUUCUAAGCUGCUUCUACGUGACCAACGGGAAUUGGUUGGAUGCGGGCAAUACAAGUCAAUGCAUGGAACAUAGCUAUAUCAUUCGACCCAUCGUGAACUGUUUACCGGCCUGGUUCCGUUUUGCUCAGUGUCUUCGGCGUUACCGCGACUCGAAGGAAGCGUUUCCUCAUUUGGUCAAUGCCGGAAAGUAUUCGACUACGUUUCUGGUGGUGAUAUUUGCGACUUUGAGGAGCUAUCAUUCAUCGAAAUAUGAAGACGCCUAUGACAACCCAUACCUGUGGCUGUGGCUGCUGAGUCAGAUCGUAUCGUCCAUUUACGCCUACACCUGGGACAUCAAAAUGGAUUGGGGCUUGUUCGAUAAGAACGCCGGCGAAAACACCUUCCUUCGAGAGGAAAUCGUCUACUCGACUCCUUUCUUCUACUACUUCGCCAUCAUCGAGGAUUUGUUCUUGCGGUUUGUGUGGGGCAUAUCGUACGCCCUGACCGAGAACAAAAUCGUCUCCGGUGAUCUGAUGACGUCGGUUCUGGCUCCGCUGGAGGUGUUCCGCCGGUUUGUGUGGAACUUUUUCCGUCUGGAGAACGAACAUCUCAACAACUGCGGUAAGUUCCGUGCCGUUCGGGAUAUUUCCAUCGCUCCGAUCGAUUCCAACGAUCAAAUCAUCAUCCUCAAAAUGAUGGACGACGAGGAUGGUGUUAUCAACAGGGACGGGAAACACAAUCGAGCCAAGCAUAAAAAGACCAAAGAAGAUAAGAAACCACUGCUGCCUGCGUUCAAGGGCUCCCUGCAGGAUCUCGCCGUGGACGUGAACAGUACCAAGAAGCUCUGAGAGGCCAAGCUGCUCAAUUUUAGUUGAAAUGUACAAAGUUUGUACUUACCGUUAGUCAAAUUAUUUUUAUCCGUAGAGUAGCGUCCACCAACCGCGGUAGGAUUAGUUAGCGCCCAAUUCCCACAUUCCUGGAACAUAUAGAGAGCAGACUCUGAGAUUAUCGCUUCUAAGAAAGCGUAAGUAGAAUGUGUGAGAGUGAAAGAUUUUUUGUUGAGCAUGUUUUAGGGAAUAUUAACGAUUAGCUUUUAGAUAAGUGAUAGAAAAAAAAGUUGAAUGCCUUAUGAAGAAAUUUUUGUACUUCCAUUUUUUUAUUAACUAACAAAAUCGAUCAAGAUGGAAACGAUGCAAUAAUGUAGAUUUAACGCCUUAAAAGCAAAAGCAAAUUAGAUUACAGUUCAGUUGGGAUCAGAACCAUGAGAGACAAAUAAAAAAUGUACUAAUAAAGGCCAUAUAUUCAGAUUUCAGAGAA